AUGGCCCUCCCCAGUCCCCAUGCCACCGUCCCCAUCAAACGUCCCCACCCCAACCCUCCCCAGUCCCCACAGCCAACCCCUCCCACCACUCCACGGUCCCCACACAAUCCUCCCAGAAGUCCUGGCCACACCCCAGCCCCCAUCCACCCCCUGCAUCCCGUCCAACGUCCCCACUGCCAACCUCCCAGUCCCCAUGCCGUCCCAGUCCUAAGCGUCCCCACCCCCCUCCACAGUCCCCACAGCCAAAACCCCACCUGUUACCACACCCAGCUUCCUCCAGACCACCUCUUCCCCACCAUCCGCCUACCCCCACCUCACGGUCCGCCCAGCCUCACCAGUCCCACUGCCUCCACAGUCCCCACACCUGCAACGUCCCCAGUCCCCACACCCACAAUCCACGUCAACGUCCCACUGGCCCUCCCAGUCCCCACCCCUCACAGUCCCCACAGCCGGCCCUCCCAGUCCCCACAGCCAAGCCAUCCGGGUCCCACGCAGCCCUCCUGGAUCACCCCAGCCCGUCCCCAGUCCCCCAGACCAGCCCUCCCCAUCCCACCCCUCCCCUCCCCAGCAGUCCCAGUCCCACCACCCUCCCAUGCUCUGUCCAACAUCCCCCCCCCUCCCCUCACGUCCCCCGUGCAGUCCCCACACCCACCCCUCCCAGGUCCCCACCUCCCAUCUCACACCACUCCCAGUCCCCGUCCCCACACCGCCACCAACCCUCCCCUGUCCCCACACCAACUGUGCCCAGUCCCCCACCAGCCCCUCCCCAGUCCCAUGCCAACCACCACCCAAUUCUUCCCCACCCAGCCUCCACAGUCCCCAGAUGGCCCUCCCAGUCCCCACCACCUCCACGGUCCCCAGACCACCUCCACACCCUCCCCUAGGUCCCCAGCACAGCCUCAACACGUCCCCCGGGUCCCCACCACUCCCCAUCCCCUACCUCCCCAGUCCCCACGCCAGCCCUCCCCAGUCCCCAUAGCCUCCCAGUCCCCAGACCAGCCCUCCCAGUCCCCACACCUGCCCCGUCCCAUCGUCCCCUCCCCCACCAUCCCCAAUCCCCACAUCAUCCCUCCCCAGUCCCCACACCCCGCCUCCCCAGUCCCCACUUCACCUCCCCAGUCCCCCCUGGCCUCUGUCCUCCCACCAGCUGUGCCCAGUCCCCACAUGGCCCCUCCCCACAGUCCCCACACCCCUCCUGAUCCCCACUGCCAACCUUCUGCGCAGCUGUGGUAUCAUCAGCCUCCCCAGUCCCCACAGCCUCCCCAGUCAACGUCCCACCGCACCCAGCCUCCCCUCACCGCCUCCCCAAUCCCACGGCCACCGUCCCCAGUCCCCCACCCCUCCCCAUCCCCAAACCUCCCCUCCCCGCCACCCUCCCCAAUCUCCACACCCACACACCCUCCCCAGUCACCCCGCCCACCCCUCCCAGUCCAAGCGUCCUCUCCCCAAUCGUCUGAUCCCCACAGCCACCGUCCCCAGUCCCCACCCAACCUCCCCAGUCCCCGGUGGCCUCUGAGUCUCCACAACCCUCCCCAGUCCCCCCCCUCCCCAGAUGGCCUCCCAGUCCUGCCCUCCCCAGUCCCCAACUAG